UAGUAAGGAAGUUACACCAGUUCCAAACCUCGAGCGGAGAACUAGAAACACUUCCAAAGGCAGCUGGCCGAAAGUUCACCGCUCCUAACUCGUCUGAUACAACAACUCUGCACCAUGUCUGAAUGCAAGAAGGUUUGCAUCGUUGGAUCCGGCAACUGGGGAUCUGUUAUUGCCAUAAUUAUUGGCAAAAAUAUUGUAAGUUUGAAGCAGUUCGACCCUACUGUUAAAAUGUGGGUUUAUGAAGAGAUGAUAAAUGGAAGAAAACUCACAGAAAUAAUAAACACAGAGCAUGAGAACGUUAAGUAUUUGCCAGGUCGCAAGAUUCCAGAAAAUGUGGUGGCUGUGCCAAAUAUUGUGGAAGCUUCAGAUGGAGCAGAUAUAUUUGUCUUUGUUUUACCCCAUCAGUUUAUUGGAAAGGUUUGUGAUGGUAUAAAGAAUAAUAUGAAGCCUGGUGCGAUUGGAAUCUCACUGAUAAAGGGUAUUGAUGAAGAUUUGAAUGGUCUGAAGUUGAUAUCCCACAUAAUUCAUGAGAAACUUGGUAUUGAAAUAUCUGUAUUGAUGGGGGCCAACAUUGCUAAUGAAGUGGCUGAUGAAAAAUUUUGUGAGACGACAAUUGGAUGCAGAAAUAAAACUCAUGGGAAGAUCUUUAAGGAGCUGAUGCAGACUCCGAAUUUCAGAAUUUCUGUGGUGGAAGAAUGUGACACUGUGGAAAUAUGUGGUGCACUAAAGAAUAUCGUGGCUGUUGGUGCUGGCUUCUGUGAUGGGCUUGGCUGUGGUGAUAACACUAAAGCUGCUGUUAUUCGUUUGGGAUUGAUGGAAAUGUUAGCAUUUGCCAAGUUGUUUUGUGAAGGAUCAGUUACAUCAGACACUUUCCUGGAAAGCUGUGGAGUAGCAGAUCUUGUUACAACUUGUUAUGGAGGCCGCAACAGAAGAGUAGCAGAGGCCUUUGUGAAAACCGGCAAGUCUAUUGAAGUAUUGGAGAGUGAGAUGCUGAACGGGCAAAAGUUGCAAGGUCCCCAGACUUCUGAAGCUGUUUACAAAGUGCUCAAGCAGAAGAACCUAGUCGACAAAUUUCCACUCUUUGUUGCUGUUUACCAAAUCUGUUAUGAAGGCAGGCCAAUCAGGGACUUCAUCAUAUGCCUACAGAAUCACCCAGAACAUGUGUAACUUAAGUGGAUACCUGCGAAUGCAUGUGUAUUCAAACAAUAUUUCUUUUUAUAUAGGUAAAGUACGUACACUGCUGAGUAAGCCCUCUUUUAAUGAACUAACCUUUAACAGGAUGUUUUUAAUAUUGAAAAUUAUCAAUUAAAAUUUACCACCAUUAUCUGCCUUUUUAACCAGUCAAAUUUAGCUUUUUGGUUAUUUCAGAAAAUUGUAUCCCUGAAAAUCUUUUUUAAUUAUUCCCUACUUUUUCCAGUAUAACUUGAUAGCGAACUAUUUCUGUUAGCAAGUUGUAGAUCAGGUAGAAAAUGUGGGUUGAUCUAAGAUUCCAGUCUGUUUCAUUUAGAAGGAUCUACUUCAUAUCUGAGAAAAGUCCUGAAACAUUACGGUUUUGACAUGAUUUGCUGAUUAUAACUAAUGUUUACAUAUAAAAUGCUGAUUUCUAUAUUCAGAAGCAAGUAUAACUAUGGCACUUGUAUUCACACAAAUGAGAACGAUAUUUUAAAAACAUUGUUGUAACUAGUUUUUAAAAGGAACUCUUGUUUUUAAAUAAGUUACCUUUGUGCUUUAAUACAACAAUCCAGUGUGAGCUGGGAAUCAAUAACACAUCACAUUUGUUAUUUCAGUAAAUAAAAUAUGUAAUAAUAAU